AUGAGUUCUUCGUGCAUCGGGAGAGUACUAUUUCAACAAGACUACCGCAGAUACAAAAUUGUGCGGAAAGAACUGGUCUCUUUUCUGACCGCAGAGGGCUUGGAUCAUGCCAACCCAGACCUCGUUCUUCUGCUCUCUCGCAAUGUCCACUCCAACGGCGUCCACCUGUACUUGCCGUUAAUGUGUGCUGAAGUGUGCCGGCAGACGAACUCAGGCAGUCAGUACCGCAUACUACUUCACUUCAGGCAUCACGGAGAGUUUCCACGGGUAUUGGCCAAUACGCACGGGGCUACCACCACUUCCACGCUACUUCCCGUCUGCGGAAUGUGUGAUUGGGACUUGGUAAUACCUGCAGCACACUAUUUACUGGCCAACUCUCGCCCCUCCGGAGACUACUCGCAUCUGACGCUCUCGCAAAAACAAAAGCGCUUCAACGGUGAAAAGGCCAAAAUUGCUGCCAAAGAAUUUUUGGACACUGCAAACCCGUCAAAGUCGGUGGUGGCCCAUCGUUACGGUGUGUCGCUGUCGACUUUAAACGACGCUAUAAAGCGGCUCAAGCGUCAGCGGGAUCUAGCUUCGACUGGCGAGGUCGGACAGCCGAUGGACUAUAGGUUGGCGCCAGACCAACCGACCCGUAAGAGAGUAGCCAGUGUGGCGCUAUUGAACGUCCUCAAUUCCCCAGUAUCGCCGUCGAAACGAUGUAAACUGGUCCCCCACAUAAGUUUCAAGUACAACAUUCCCGAGAGAACAUUACGGGAUCGGCUGAAAAGCGUCAAUCCCAGCAUCUCUAGAGUGGCCGAAGGUGUUCGCCGGCGCAAACUUUCUGCAUCCAGUGAACAAUUUCUGACUACUCUGUACGCCAUCUCCAACAUGCAGAAUGCGCAAAUCACGGUCAAGCAGGCAGACGCUGUGUGUGAACUUAUGGCAACGACCACGGACUGUGCGGAGAUAAAAAUGUCAAAUAUGUCUAUGGCUCUUGAACCAAACGGAACCAUCAAUCUGCCCCGAUUACUUAGCGACCGGGAAGUUCAGCUGGGCAAGAAUUUCGGGUGGAGGUUCCGUCAGCGGAAUGGUUUUGGGUCUUCUAAGGCUAAACGUAUGGACUCUGCCAGACUGAAGGCAUCGGAUGUCAAUAACAUCGCCAUGUGGCUGAAUGAGGACGCCUAUAAUACGUUGGGGUCAACGCCAGCUGAGCUCGUCUUCAAUGCAGACGAAAUUGGAUUUGCUCAUACGCUUAAUACUAGUAAUAAGCAUGCUCGGUAUGUCAGCAUGAACAACCCUAGAAAUUCUCAUAAAAAAGGCGUAGUUUAUAAGGUCAAGGAAACAGGGGCAGACCCCAAGAGUCUUACCACUGUAACUGCAUGUGUGUCAGCUGCAGGGCAAAUUGUGCCCCCAAUGGUAACUGCUGCCUCCAGCAUUGCCAAGCACAAAACGGAGUGCCAUAUUUUCAAUCCUCGUUUCGAGGCACUGGCUAAGCCAAAGCUCCAUACUGGCGUUGAGGAUAAGGUGAACCUUGUGUUCACGUCAAAUGGCUGGAACAAUUCGAAAGCCUUCUUCGAGUACGUCAAAUGGUUUGAUGCCCACACCUUACAGACGGCAAAGGAACACAGUUCAAACGGCAUUCUACGGCAACGAGUCUUGAUUGUUGACAACCAUUAUUCUCAUUACUGCCAACAGGUGCUAGACUUUGUAACAGAGAGGCGAAUCGUACUGCUUUUAUUACCACCCAAUACCACACACAUCCUUCAGCCUUUAGACGUUGGAGUCUUUAGCAAUCUGAAAAAAAAGGUUCGAACCCUUGCUACUGAAUGGUGUCCGAACCCCACUUUAGGUCCGGACGGGAAGCCUAGGUAUGGACAUUUUGACGUCUUGUGUAAUUUCAUUAACGCUCUGAACCACACUUUGUGUCACGAUUUUGAGAGCUCGACAAUAAGCCAGGCGUUCAGAACUGCGGGCGUAUACCCGCCAGAAAGAUCCUUGUUCAACCCAGCUGUCAGAACGGUGAUGAAACAUUUCGAUGCUCAUGCCAAGAUGAAAGACAUCUUCCUCAACAAGAUUCUUCCUAUCUCUCAAGGUAGUAUACCGCGGUCUCGAACAAUAGCAGGUGCAACAGUGGCUGGUCCAGAAAGCCCCCCGAGUCCCUUAAUAUCAUUGGUAGGAAAUGAAGCUUUUUUUAUUGGCGAAGAGGAGCUCGAAAGCCUGGACUUUCUUUCUGUCAACGCAGAUCACAUUAUACAUCAAGCGUCAAGCGAGGAACUACCCACCCACAGCAGCGAAGGGGAAGAGGACAAAUCACAGGAAGUGAAGGACGAAGUCCCUUCGGUUACUACCCUAACUGCGGAUUUUGUCUCAAAAUUCACCUUCGAAGACGUACUCAAAUUGGUAACUGAUCUAAUUAGCGGGGAAAACGAAGGAGAAGAUAUAUCCCUGGUACCUAAACUAAUGGAAAGGUUGGACAAAUGCUCUGAGCUGGCAUUUGGUGCUGGUCCACAUUUGACAAUCACCAAAGAGCUUUUCCUCGAACAGCAAGCGAACGUUAUGGGUAUAGUCAUGUACCUGAUAUACUUCGGCGCGUGUUUCCUGGGCCUGCGUGAGCAGAGCAAAAUUGAGGAAGCUUUGAAAAUUUAUGAAAGUGGGGCGGAUGCAGCUGCUCAAUCUCAGGGGCCAGCCGGUGCCAGGCUCACUACAGAUGUCUUGAGAGAUCUAUCAAAAAAGCAGUUUUUCAAACUGUUUCCCAGAGUGUCAGGAAAUAUCGAUCGUGACAUAUCGAGGAAGAUCGCGCACAUGCAGGGCACGGCUCACGAUUCGAGCUCAAUGAGCGAAGCGCUAGUCAAUGAAUUGGGCUCGAGCGUCUGGGAUUUCUUGCAGGGCAUGGUCAAAGAUCCAAGCUCAGUUCUCAAUUUACAGUCAGAGGACUUGAAGAAAAAAGUGCUAUCCACAGCGCUCAAUGCGCCGCAGGCACUUGCCAAAGCAGCGACGAUACGCAGCAUGUUCGACCACAAUGGAAAGAUGCCAUUCAACAAGAAACACCUUCCACUAGUUUCCCGAAUUGAAAGUGUUGGUGCUGUUCCCGAGGAACUUUUGAAUUCAGCAUUGUCUGACCAAGAGUUUGAAACGCGUGUAGCAGCACUGCGGGAAUUGGCAACUAGGACCCUGGAGGAAUUGGCAGCCAUGGAGGCAGAUGAGGAAUCGCUGGAAGGCGACACUAUGACCGACGAGGACCUCCUCGACAGUGAAGACAGGAACCAGAAACUGUUGCAAAAUUGGUUCUUAGUCUACCACAUCGACAACGUUGUGGGUCGCAUCACGAAAAACAGGGAAAACUGGCGCUUGAAGAGGCAAAACCAGGUUUACAAAACGAAAAUCGAGGCGCUAACGCUGGCGAUUUCCGAAAUGGCCAAUAACGUCCGAGCCUCCCAAGACCUGUUGCCAUUCCCCGGCGCGCCGAACCAGCUCUUCAACCUAGGCGUGCAAGACGGCUUCUGCGGCGCGGAGGACCCCUCUGGCGGGCUGUCCAACCCGUUUGUGUAG